UUUACGCCGUUUGCGUAGCGUGCCCAAGAUGGCGUCGCGGUCGUCGUCGGCGGUGUCCGGAGCGCCGGCAGCGGCGGCGGAGCGGCUGGAAACGAAGGGAGGGAUGAGGCGGGCGAAAGGCGGCAGCGUGUAGCGGGCGGCUCCGGGCUGCGGGAAACAGAGACUGACAGACAAACAGACUCUCGGGGAGGCGGGUCCCCCCUUCCGUCCCCCCCGUCCUUCCCCGCCCGCCCCUCGCGGGAUCCCGGCGGCUCGUUCCCGGCGCUGUGUAGGGGCCCUGUAUAGGCCCGGCCGCGCCUCGGGCCGCCCCCGGGAGCGGAGGAUGAUGAAGCUCAAGUCCAACCAGACUCGCACCUACGACGGGGACGGCUACAAGAAGCGGGCGGCCUGUCUGUGCUUCCGCAGCGAGAGCGAGGAGGAGGUGCUGCUGGUUAGCAGCAGUCGUCAUCCUGAUCGAUGGAUCGUCCCUGGGGGUGGCAUGGAGCCCGAGGAGGAGCCCAACGUGGCUGCUGUGCGAGAAGUCUGCGAAGAGGCUGGAGUGAAAGGGACGUUAGGAAGAUUGGUGGGAAUUUUUGAGAAUCGGGACAGGAAACACAGGACAUAUGUUUACGUACUUAUUGUCACAGAAGUGUUGGAAGACUGGGAGGACUCUGUCAAUAUUGGAAGGAAAAGGGAAUGGUUUAAGAUCGAAGAUGCCAUCAAAGUUCUGCAGUAUCACAAACCGGUGCAGGCCUCGUAUUUUGAAACCUUGAGGCAAGGCUGCUUGGCAAACAACGGCACUCCAGUCAUGACCACGACGUUCUCUGAGGGCUCCGUGUCUGACAUCAGAUGACUGAGGACGUCCCUGUGAGAGAGAGUUUGGAAAACAGACUGAAACAUGGAUCUCCCCCCUCCCCCUCCCCUUUUUCACAUGCCUCCUCUAUCAAACAAGGCAGCAGCCUGUGGCAGAGCAAGUGUUAAAGAGUGCUGCAAUUUAGUGCAAGGUGGGAUUUUUUUUGUUGUUGUUGUUGGCUUCUUUUUGUUUUAUUUGAUUUUUUUGCUUUUUUUGGGUAUGUAUUUUGUAAGAUACAUUCUGUGCAUGAAGUGCCCCUAUCCCGUCACACCGCUUCCAUUGCCUGGCCAGCGAGGCUGCCACUUUUGCCUCUGCCUUGUGUUCUAAGUGUCCCAUUAAUGUCAUCCCAGCCACAGCCACUUGGUUUCCUUUUUUUAUUAAUUAAAAGACUUCAAAUGUGAGCUCAGCUCUUUAAGUCUUAGUCCGUACUGUAAGGUGCUGUUUGCUCACUUGCAGCACAUGUGUAUAAACAGCAUUUUUCUUUUAUUUUUAGCUGGAGAAUCUAACAUUUUAAUUCUUUUCUUUUUAAUCCUGGUCUGCUCCCGAACUGAAGGGUUCCCAAUUCAUCCGUUUGCCUUUUGGUUUGGGGUUUUUUUUCCCCCCCUUCCCCUAACAACCAACGCUCUGUGGCACUGCUCAUGGCUGGGCCAGUUUACUCCCCAUUCAGCAACUCCCCUUUUGGUGCAGUGACUCUUGAAGUUGAGGGCAGAGUUUUGAUCACCUGCAGACAUCCCCGCUGCUCAGUGGCUUCUCCUGCAGCUUCCGCCGCCGUUUCUGCUUUCACAUCAAAACGAAAGGAAAAAAAGAGUCGGUCCACAAAUAAAACAGCCUCAGAAACGCUACGGUAGGAAACAGAUUUCGCUGUCUGUGGUAGGAAGCGGGGAUUCCUUUGGGGCUCAAAGUCUGACAAACUGGAGUGUCCAUCACCAGUGCUGUUCUGAUCCUGCUGCGUUCUGCUGAUGUCUCUCCUUGUCCACAUGCCUUAUACCGCGCUGAACUGGAUAUCGUAGUUUGUGCUGAGCGUUGGAUUGUACCUACUGAGCGUGACUGCGCGAACCCUGGGCUGGGUAACCACACGUAUCCCUGAGGAGGAGCCCGGGGCUUUGCAGCACUUACAGGAGCACGUUUGGAACGUUUAAACUCUCCCUCUAUGAAAGGUACAGCUGCCUCCUGAGCAGGAUUGCUGCACCGUGGAUAGGAUCAUAGCUCCCCUCAUGCGUUGGCACACUUCACUUUUCUUUUUUUUUUUUGGUCGUUGUUCUGUUUUUAUUGAUGUAAGUUUCAUGCUGUCUGAUUUGCCAACAGUGUUGUCUAGUUGGGAAAUAAAAUGGGAAGGGUUGGGGCUGGGGGUGGGUCGGGACAGGUACAACUCGUGGGAGGGGCAUUAAUGAAUCCCUGGCUUGGGACAAGAAGCAGUUGCUGGGUUCAGUGACUCCUCUUUUGUCAGAACAGCCAAGAUGUGAAAUUAAACCUGCAGUACUCUUUUAUUUUUCAUCUUUAUUUAACAAAAGCAUAUUCUAAUAAAUACUCACUGUUUGGAGUUUUCUCUCUUCCCAA